AUGGCGGUGCAAUCUUUGGGCGCCAACUCCGCCAACAAGUUUCAGAUCAAGACAGAAACAGCUUCGCUUGACAAGUCUAUAUUGUCGCCAGAGUUUGAACGCCCUUCUAUACCCAAGAAAGAAAAGGACGAGGGGACAGAGGCAGAUCGAAAUGUCCUCACUCCCCAAAGCGACCCGAGUUAUUUGGUCAACAACGUACAGAGCCUUGUUCUGGCCAUCUGCACGAAAAUCGACACUGAAGACCCAAAUGGCAACAAGAAAUCCUACUUCGUGAAGGGGAGUCUAUACGACGACCAAGUCCCAAGCACAGGCAAUGGAAGAAUCCCUGUCCACGAAGGCCUUGCAGGCUGUCAUCCCAGACAAUGUGCCACGGCCUAUUGCUUUGGGCGUCCUCACGCAAGCCAAAAGCAAACAUUCUCCAUCGCCGUGUUCAAAGACCUCAAAGAAGACUUGGAAGUGCCACCCAUACAAGCUCUGGCUUCUGUUAUCGCCAACUUGCACAACUCGAUCUCCCCGGACGGUAAAUUCGGUUUCCAGGUGCCGACCUCCCAAUCACAGCAGCUAGAGAAUACCUGGUGUGACACAUGGGAAGAGUUCUGCGUCCGAGCCUUUCGCAACACGGUCAAACUCGAGCAAGAGGUUCAAGGGGCAAACGAGGAUCUGCACUGCUGGCAGAUGAAAUCAGGGCGGAAGCCGAAGCCUACUUUCCUGCACGGGGACUUGUGGCAUGGCAAUAUCGGAAUCGACCUUGUGACCGACCAGGUGGUGCUGUACGAUUGCUGUGCUUUCUACGGCCAUCAUGAAUACGACCUGGGCAUGUUCCGCGCAUCGCGCUACCGGACAUCACGAGCGCAUAUACGCGCGUACAACCAACUGGUCGGAUUCUCCGACCCGAGCGAAGAUUUCGACGACCGCAACGCCCUGUAUGCGCUCCGGGUCGACCUCGAGGUGUCGUGCGGGUGGCCCGCGAACAAGAGGAUGAGGCAGCUCGCGAUGCAGGAGAUGAGGCGGCUGGUGGAGAAGUAUCCCGCGGGGUUUGAGGGGUGGCAAGAGGAGGAGAAGGGGAGUUAG